AUGACAAUGUUAGCCUUUGUACUGGUGGGAUUGAUCACCACCAUCAGCGCUGGACCAUCAAACGACUCUUUCAAGGAUCAGUACUGCACGGACCCGAGGACAAUGCAGAAGCACGCCGCGUAUUCAGAGUGGGCUGACGCGUACUCUUGCACGAGGCACCGCUGUCAGCCCGGGGGUAGGAACCUCGCUAUCUACACGGUCGGUUGCAAGCGCGUGGAAGCCCCAGAGUCGGCGAUAGAAUGCGAGGAAGUCGUCGAAGAUACAAACAUGCAGUUCCCUUUUUGCUGCACAAGACUUAGAUGUCUUGUAGUUGUGCGGGGUGAAGUGUGGACCAGAGUCCUGGGGCAGCCGUGGGAAACGCUCCCAGCGGCCCCCUGGAGCCACAUGUACAAGAUGAAGAAACCUCCGCCGGGCGAUACCAGCUUCUUGAACAAAGAGGCAGAGCAGAAAGGCCCAGUGUAUGAACUAUCAGAGCAGGACGCCCCGAAACACGAGCAAGUUCUGAGAUCUGAAAAGAGAACCACCGAGGAUCCGAACUGCAAGGAAGCAGUGCUCAGAUCCGCUCCCACGCCGGAUAUCGUGAUAGCACUAUCUACGAACAAUGAUGAGAAGGAACCGAAAAGGGAUAUUGAAAGGCGAAAACGCGUCCAUGAGGUUCCCGACGAAGAAAGAAACGAACCAGAGAAUCAAGACAUCGAAGAAUUACCAGCUUCCACAGAUAAGCCCCUCGGGAAUUCGGACGAAGCUUACAACAGCAACACAGAUGCAAUGACAAAAAAGCCUAAAACAAAAAUUCAGAACCAGGUAACCUGGACAGAGAUACCUCCCAAUCAGUGGACGGAGCGCGAUCCCUCGAUGGAUGCAGAGAAUGUCAAGGAUGUGCAAGAGGAGAAAAAAGAGGUGAAAUCAUCGAACCUCCAAGCGUUAGUAGACGCUAUCGGUACUAGAAUGAGAGAUAUUGAGACUGUGGUGCAGAAGAUGAGCCAGAAGGUACAGCAGGUCAAGCCCGAAGACGCAGUGGCCAGCUCAGAGAAGAGGUCUGACGAAGGAAAGCGUCACGAAAGAAAAGAGCACGAAAAAAAUUACGAUGAACUGAAAAAGCCAAGCCCUGAUGGAGACCACUAUAAAAGGUUUGUAGUUAGCUCUCACAGCAAGUACUUGCAUGGUGCUGAUGGAGUCACAGAGAAGCCCUUGUAUAUUGAGGACAAUACGAAUGGGUACUACAGUGAUGCGAGCAACAGCGUUAUCAGAAGGGUAAAUGUGCCAAAGGAACCCUCUCCUACCUAUAUGGCUCCGGUGGAAACACGCAGAAAAUCUAUCCACGCGGUUCCGGAAAAUUCCGAAGAAGUCGGGAAGAAGCGCAAGAAACACUCGCACAAAAAGAAGGGGAAAGGUAAAAGCCACAAGAAGCACCGGAAAGACGAAAAGAGACGAAGAUAUAACAGAAUUUCCUCUGAAGUUGAUAAGAAUGUUGUUUCAUUAGAAGACAAUAGUGCUAAUAAAAAAUAA